CGUGAAACACGCGGCUCGCCGUAGUUUGCUGAAGGCCGCCUCCGGCCCUGCGAGGAAGACGCGCGCGAGGCUCAGCGUGGCGGCCGUUGCUGCCGGCGAAACACCACGACGACUGCAUCGGAGAAACACCACGACGACUGCAUCGGCGAAACACCACGACGACUGCAUCGGCGAAACACCACGACGACUGCAUCGACGAAACACCACGACGACUGCAUCGGCGAAACACCACGACGACUGCAUCGGCGCUGGCGCUCGCCGACGGAAUGGUUCUGACGCGAAACGUUUAGAACCGUGGGCCCGUACGCUAGAACGCCUUCGAAGGGCGUCUCGUCGCCAGCCGUCGGGGAGUUUUUUUUUUAAGGUUGCAUAGCGACACUCGUGAGCCUGGGGUGGAGUAAGUUCACUGGACCCGGCCGCCGCAUGCAGCUUAUGUUGUGGAGCCGACUCGUGCUGCCUGCCUUCAGGACCCUGCAUUCCCGGGUGGAGGGACGCACCAUGAGGCUGGGCACCAGCGAGUUCCAGUGCCUCUUCACUGAUGGCCUCAAAGCCAUUGCCGCGCUGUUUUCGGAGCACGGGCACGAGCUGCGGAUUGCGGGUGGCGCCGUGCGGGACUUGUUGAGCGGCAAGCAACCUCAGGACAUCGACUUCGCCACGUCCGCCACCCCGGCACAGAUGAAGGAGAUGUUCUCAGCGGCUGGCGUUCGCACCAUCAACACGCUCGGCGAGAAGCAUGGGACCAUCACCGCAAGGGUGCACGAGCAGAACUUUGAGAUCACGACGCUGCGAGUGGACGUGACGACGGAUGGCCGCCACGCCGAGGUGGAGUUCACCACCGACUGGCAGACGGACUCUGAGCGGCGUGACCUCACCAUCAACUCCAUGUUCCUAGGUCUCGAUGGGACACUUUACGACUACUUCAACGGGAUGGAGGACCUGAAAAAUAAAAAGGUGCGCUUCGUAGGAGACCCAGAGAAAAGGAUCCAGGAAGAUUAUCUCCGCAUCCUGCGAUAUUUCAGGUUUUAUGGAUCCGUGGCCGAGCACGCGGACGCGCACGAGCCGCAGACGCUGGUGGCGAUCGAGCGCAACGCGGCCGGGCUGGCCGGCAUCGCGGGGGAGCGCAUCUGGGUGGAGCUGAAGAAGACGCUCAUGGGAAACCACGCGAGUCACCUCUUCGCUCUCAUCUACAAGCUCGGCGUGGCACCACACAUAGGCCUGCCAUGCGACGGGAACGUGGGCGAGCUGCAGCGCGUGUGGGAGCGCUCGCGCGCCUCCGCCCCGCGCCCCAUCACGCUCCUGUCGGCGCUCCUGCGCUGCGCCGACGACGUGGGCCACCUGGACGCGCGUCUCCGCCUCUCCAAGGACGAGCGCAACCUGGCGGCGUUCGUCGUCAAGCACCGCGGGGAGCUGCGUCCCGACGCGGACGGAGACGACCCGCUCGGCUCCAUCAAGGCCUUCGUCACCGACGCGCGUCCGCACGGGGAGGCGAAGGCACGCGCGAGCGAGCUGCUGCGCUACCUGGGCGAGGCGGGGCCCGCCGUCGAGCUGGAUGGCUGGAGGCCGCCGGCCUUCCCCGUGAGCGGCCACGACCUCCGCCGGCUGGGCCUCACGUCCGGCAAGGAGAUCGGCACCGAGCUUCAGCGCCUGCGCGCUCUCUGGCAGCGCUCGGGGUACCGCGCUGACAAGGACGCUCUGCUGGCCAGCGUCCGCCAGGGCCCGAAGCCGAAGUCGUGACGGUCGCUCCGCUCGUUCUGUUUGUUCGUUAGUUCAUCCGCUCGUUUGUCAUCUCGGUCAUUGGUUGUUCGGAACGGUCAGAAAUGCCGUUUUUUGCGGAAAUUAUAUAUAUUUUUUUGGCAAACCACAUCCACCGAUGAGUGGAUUGAACCCCGUAGUGGAUUGAUUUAAAUUAUUAGCGUGAAAACAAACUUAUCGGCGGGAUUGCUGUGGGUGGUGCUUUAAAUUGUGGCGUCUUUUACGGGGCAAAAGCGAUGUGUUGCUGUUAAGAAGUAAGUUUUUGGGGUGUUUUUUUGUUUAAGUUAACAUUUUAAAAGCACGCAAACCAGGAUAUACACACAGCUCCUCGCGGGUCAGUUAUUGGCUUUAACAAAACAUAAAUCCUCUUGUAAACGGCGGCUGCUCGUCUUGCGACGGCUGAAUUUACUCUGUGACGCAAAUUUUGCCGAGGGGCAGGGUGGGAUAGAAAAGAAGUGUAAAAGCUGCGAGUAAAAUACAGCGUUGACAAUUACUGGCAGGCAUUUGGCACCCCGGGGAAAUCGGUGAGCAGUAAUGCAUGUCCCCAUGAACAGGGCAACUCGAGUUCGAUUGUGGAAUAAUCGGCGGUGGCGCUAGACACGGGCAAAUUCGGCAAAAGUUGGUGGCCCCAAGUAGUGCAGUGCAGCGGGCUCUGGAUUUAUGAAAACUAUAGGGACAAAGCAAAAGUGAGAAAAAAAUAUUUCAAUAAACAUCAAAACUUAAUUUGUUUCAUAUUUCAUUUGACAUAUUCCUUGUCUCGUCUACAGCUUGUUCCACCACGGCCGUCUCAGCUGUAUCUCUAUUAUCGUCAUUUCUGUCGCCUCUAUCUCUUGUAUAUUCUGUCGCCUCGCUGCGAGUAAUAUACGAACCAGUCCGGGUGGGUCCCUCCGCCCCACCAAGCCACACUGACGAGUGUGGAGAAGUGCGGUUGGGUAGCCACCGUGACCGAUGACGUCGCUUCCGUAGACCAGAGAAAGAUGGAGACGGCGAUACAUAUGUAGGGAUGCGUGUUGCGUGUUGGACGUAUUUCGCACCACCGUAAGUAGCCGACCGUGCUCAUCGGAGGUGUGUGGGGGGGGGAAGGACAACAAACUAAAGACAAAGCAGAUAUGACGUAGGGAGGGAGGCCUUCAUCCAGCAGUAAGUUGACAACGGAGCUGCACACAUCAUCAUUAUGAUGUGUGUUUGCUUCCUCUUAACCUAUCGUGGGGGGGAAUAUGUACCGUCACGGGACUGUGCCGGGGUUCGGGGAGGUGGAUGGGGGGGCAUUGCUGGGGUGUGUGGGUCGAGCGAAUGCAUAAAUCUCUCACAGGUCAGUCAUCCCCCCUGAGCCAAUGUGCCUUGACCAAUAUUUACCCAUCAGUAAGCUCAUGUAAAUAUUAGGGCUCCUGUGUGCACACUUGAGUGUGAACCAAACACGAUAGGAUUGCAUCGAAAACCAUCCACGGUCCAGUAAGGCGUGUGGCGUUGAGUCGCCGAUGCUUAUUUUACGCCUGCAUAACAGCACGUGUAUAAGAUUGCGUGUAUAUAGUUUGCUGUACUUAGAUAGAUUCUAGUCGCUACAGUAAUUAUAUUGUGGGUUCUGUUAUGCGGUACAUCCUUGUGGGUUUUUUGUUGUAUUUCACGUCUGAAACUAAUGUACAGAAAGCCCCUUUGUCAAUCCACUGCCGGAUGAAGUCCACUCCGCGCCGUGUCAGUUACAUAGAUCGUUGCACCGUGCAUGGUGACGGUGUGAAUAUAUGAUUAUUGGGUAAUUGUCAGGAGUGUUUCACGUGUUUUUUUUUUAUUCAUCCUGAGACUAUUCUGAUGCGUAAUUCAUCCGGGGCUGUACUUGAGAUGUUUGAAAUAAAAAAAAAAUAAGAAACCUCAUCAAACAUCGCCCAAAUCACAUUCGUGGCUCUUGCGAGAUCGGUGCCAGUGUGAGUUAAGUGUAUCGCCAGUGCUUAACAUUUGAUUCAUUUGCGUGACGUAUUCAUGACACUAGAAACAGGAGCCUGUGGCAGUUAAGCAAGUAAAAGAUUUGGAGUUCCGAGUGUGUAACAACGAAGUUGAAAGAAACCCAUUUGAACAUGCGUUGACUGGUGUAGAAUCUGUAUAACAGUGUUUUAUUUUACACGAGAGCCUUCAGGCUUUAAACUCUGUCAACAUUUGACAUUCAUCAUUUGGCAGCGUUCCAUAUAAUAAUUUGAAUUAUCUCGCCAAGCGUACAAAUGCACCUCCCCAAAUUCAAUUUAACCAUUAAGCGUCGUUGUGGAUAAUGUUAACAAUAAGUAAAUACUACCUCCUUA